GAAAACACAAAAAGUCGUUGCCUUUAGAUCUGCCCAAUACACUUCAAAAAGGGGGAAAUAUCCUUACAACGAACCAUUCUGAGAAGGAACAAUUCCGUCUCCGGUGCUCGUCCGCUUUCCAACAGGUUUUGAAGAGAAAAAGGAGAGAACUCGGGCUGUGAAAGGCUUGGUUUUUUGUUUGUAAUGGAAGGAGGGCUGGCUGGAAACAAUGCUCCGCCAAAUUCAUUUGAUAAAUCUGAAGUUCUGGAUGUGAAGCCACUUCGUUCCUUGCUUCCUGUAUUCCCGGGGGCAGCUAGUGGUCCGCCUUUCCCUACUGCACCUCCUAAUGGUCCCUUCUGGUCUGGUUUUUCACCGUUUCCCCCAUUUAGUCAACCACAAGGAUCCCCAUAUACAUCUGUCCUUAACCAAAAUCCCUUUAAUUCAACUGCAAUGCCGAUUCAAUCAUUUAGCACAGAACUACCGGCUUCUAAUGGCGGAAAUGUGCAUAGCACUAAUAAACGCAAAUUAGCUGGGUCGAGUUCUGUUAAAAAGAAGGUGAAGAGGAGCAAUGAAUCGGGCUUGGCAUUAGCUGCCCUUACUAAUUUCAAACCUGGAAUCAGUGCAGCUGAAAACGAUGAUGGUAAUAGGGAAUUGGUUGAAUACGUGCUUAUGAGGUUUGAUGCACUUAGGAGAAAGCUUAGCCAAAUGGAAGAUUCAAAGGAACCACAUUCUGACGUUUUUAAGGCUGCAAACUUGAAAGCGGGCAACAUAUUGUCUACGAAAGGGGUGCGGACUAAUGGAAAGAAGCGAAUCGGGGUCAUUCCUGGUGUUGAAAUUGGAGACAUCUUUUUCUUCCGAAUGGAGUCGAUUUUAGUGGGAGUGCAUUCUCAGUCCAUGGCUGGAAUUGACUUCAUGCCGAUGAAGGGUAGUGAUAUAGAGGGAGAGCGAGUGGCUGUAAGCAUCGUUUCAUCUGGAGGGUAUGAAGAUGAUGCUGAAGAUCCUGAUGUUUUGGUAUACACCGGUCAAGGUGGGAAUGCCAGUGCCGAUAAAGAAGCAUCAGAUCAGAAGCUUGUGAGGGGAAAUCUUGCUUUGGAAAGGAGCUUGCACCGAGCCAAUGAAGUAAGAGUCAUUCGAGGUUUCAAGGAUCCUACCCACCCAACAUCUAAGGUGUAUGUAUACGAUGGUCUUUUCAAGGUCCAAGAGUCAUGGAUAGAGAAGGGUAAAUCUGGUUGUAAUGUGUUCAAGUAUAAAUUAGUAAGGAUCCCUGGACAGACUGGUGCUUUUUCCACAUGGAAAUCUAUCCAGAAGUGGAGAGCAGAUCCGUCUUCAAGGGAUGGACUUAUUCUUCUUGACCUCACCUCAGGUGCGGAAAGCACCCCGGUUUCACUUGUCAACGAGGUUGAUGACGAAAAGGGGCCUGCUUAUUUCACAUAUGUCUCUACUGUUAAAUAUCCUAAACCAUUCAAAUUACUGCAACCUUCUCUCGGAUGUAACUGCAGUGAUGCAUGCCAACAGGGAAAUCCAAACUGUUCCUGCAAUCAAAAGAACAGUGAUUUCCCUUACAUUGCCAAUGGGAUUCUAGUGUGUCGAAAACCCAUGAUUUAUGAAUGUGGUUCCUCGUGCCCAUGCUUUCGUAACUGCAAAAACAGAGUUUCACAGACUGGUUUUAAAGUUCGUUUUGAAGUUUUCAAGACAAGAGAUAGGGGUUGGGGUCUGCGGUCUUGGGACCCUAUUCGUGCAGGUACAUUUCUUUGUGUAUACGCAGGUGAAGUUAUUGAAAAUGGGCAGGAUGGUGAGAACAAUGAUUAUGUUUUUGAUACAAAUCGAGUGUAUGAAUCCUUCAGGUGGAAUCACGAAACCGAGUCAGCAGGAGAGGGAAAUUCUAACACUAGUGAAGCUUUCAAUAUUCAGUUUCCUCUAAUCAUAAGUUCAAAGAGCAUUGGAAACAUUGCUCGAUUCAUGAAUCAUAGUUGCUCUCCAAAUGUUUUCUGGCAGCCGAUCACAUAUGAACAAAAUCAAGAAGCUUUUCUCAAUAUUGCUUUCUUCACUAAGAAACACAUUCCUCCGAUGACAGAGCUGACAUAUGAUUACGGUACUCCACCCCUCACAGAUGAAACUGGAAGUAACAGUGCCAAUCAUGGAAAAAAGAAGUGCUUAUGCGGAUCACCAACAUGCCGAGGUUAUUUUUAUUGAGACCUGGACUGAAAACCUGUAUUCUGUACACUAGGAAAACUUUUGGCCUUCUUGAACAAGGUCUGGGAUGUGGCUCAUCUUUGUCUAAUCAUGUAAUAAUUUUUUAUGCGUUUCAUGUUUAGUCUUUGUAGCUUAUGCUGUUACAAGCACAACUGACAACGAAUGUGAACACAGGAUGAUGAUUUGUUGUUGUUGUCUGUUUUGGUAGGAAGUUAGUUUUUGGUUUAGUUGCUCGAGAUAUACCAGAAUGCUUGGAAAUUCACUGUGCUUUUCCUGUUCGA